CAAAACUCGGGUUUUUUCUCCCGCUUGCGCAUCAUGUGAUCGAUGACUCGGUGGGAGGUGUUGACCUAGAGGAAGAUGAUUGAGGCCGCCGAGUGGGGCCAAAGACGCCUUGAGCGCAUCACUGCAGCGGAGGCGCGCCGCGCUGAGCAGCGAAGGGGCCAGCUCACAGAGGAGCACACAUUUCAGCCCAAGGCGCCUCGCGCACAGAGCUCGAGCCAGCCGUCCAAGGAGCGGCGCAGAAGCUUUGCCAGCCCCACGCGCAGCUCUCUCGCCAAGCGCCCAUCGGCGCCGCACGCGGCACCUUCGCCGGCGCCGCAAGUGGCGCUUUCGCCGGCGCGGGCGGCGGAGCCGACGCCCGGACCCAGCUUGGCUGCCCUGGCUGUGGCAACUCUGGGCGAGGCGUGCCUGCCGUCUCCGGCAGGCUGCGAACCCAGCCCUGAGCGCGUGGAUGAGGUGAGGAAAUCAUCGCCUCCACAGGAGAAGCGACGUUCGAAGCCUCGGCCCAUGAUAUGGCCUCACCCAGAGGAGGUGCCUGAGGCGGAGGAGGUCUGGAAGAGCUCCAGUUCCAGCGAGGGAAGUCCGAGCGUGCCAACGAGCCCGCGCAAGCUGAGGUUCCAGGAACCGAACUCCGAGUCUCAGGAGUUCCUGAGUGACAACAGGCGAGAGGAGUUCAAGGCAGCGUUUGAACCCGGCCGCCUUCACAGGGGGCCAACGCGCUUUUGCUGGCGAGAGCUCGCCCCCGAGAGCGAAAGCGAAGGAAGCGAUCUGGACGACUUGAGAUUCGCAGGAGACCGCUGGACGUGAUUGAUUCGCAAGGUUGAGAUUCUUCACCCGCCCAAGGCGUGAGUGGGGGAAUGUACGAUGACUAAUUCGAGAUGCAGGCCCAACUGACUCGCGAGCUUGGAGCCGCGCGCCAUAGACACUAACGAUCGGGGUG